ACAUUACAUUAAAGUGCACUUAAGAAGAUGGGAACCAUUGCAAAGCCGGAUUAUUCAUCAGUUUUUUGCCUUCUGCUACUGAAUACCAGACACUUAUUAGGGUCAGGAACUGUUUAUUUAGAAUUGUUUUGGUGAAGUGUCCAACUGAAGUGGUUGUUGAGUCAUCAACUCCUUAUACAAUUUUUACUAGUUAGAGAGACAUUGAGAAAAGGCAUCUCUUGCCAAACCUCCCCUCCAUUCCAUACGUCAGAAGGCUCUAUUGGCUCAAACAUCAUUUGAGUAAAACCCCAAUUCUAAAUGAACUUUGCUUGGAAAUAACACCUCCCCACUUUUAGAGAUUGACUUUCUUGAAUGCCCAUUUUUUCUCCUUUUGCUUUCUUUAGCCAAAACAUUUCCCCCCCAAUAAAACAAUUAUACUCCUCAUAAUACAAACUCUCUCUCUCUUUCUGAUGUAAGCAUAAUUCGAUCUGAAAAUGAUUAUCCACAACACAAAUUGCAUUACCUGUUCAUGUAUGCGCGCGUGCAAUCAUGCAUGCCAAUAAACAUGGUCUAAAUACCACAUCUGUAAGUUGCACGAAUUUAUGUAUUUGAGUCUGAUAUGCGCUCAUCGAUCCAAAAAAUAUAUAUACAUGAUCUGCAUGAUAUUCAAGAGGUUGCUAUUAUAUUAGCCAAUGGUGGGACUAGCUCAACCUUUUCUUUCUCUAUAAGAACCUCCACCCCUCAAGCUUCCUUUCCCCUUCCAACAAGAGCUUGGGAACUUCAUUUUCUCCUCCAAGAUCUAGUCCCUUUCACCCUGCUCCAAGACAUGCAGCCAAGUGAGGUUUCAGGGCUUCAAUAUCUAGUUCCUUCCAAUCCAUCCCAAUAUUCAUCACAUUUUAGCAUGAAUCAGAUCAACAUACCUGCAUUUGAGUUGAAUAGAUUCUCAAAUCCCCUGUAUAAUUUCUAUAUCCCGCCUCAACUUCACGAAAUCAGUCCCCAUUCAUCAUGCGUUAGCAGCAAUUCAACUUCUGAUGAAGCAGAAGAGCAACAAUUAAAUCUCAUCAACGAGAGAAAGCAAAGGAGGAUGAUAUCUAAUAGAGAGUCUGCACGCAGAUCACGUAUGCGCAAACAAAGGCACAUGGAUGAGCUGUGGUCACAGGUAGUUUGGCUCAGGAAUGAGAACCACCAGCUUAUAGAUAAGCUGAACCAUGUUUCGGAAAGCCAUGACAAGGUUGUUCAAGAAAAUGCUCAGCUCAAAGAGGAAGCCUCUGAACUUCGUCAGAUGAUCUCUGACAUGCAACUGAGUAGCCCUUACUCAACUUUGAGAGACCUGGAAGAUGUUGCCCUGGAACAUGGUUUAUCUGACAACUGAGUCCUCAACCUGUUCAUCACAAAUUUUAUCUAUCUGCUAGACUAAGACAGACGCAGCGGUCUUAUUUUUCCGUUUCCAUUUUUGGUUCUUCUAUUAGUUGGAAGCCAAUCAGUCUGUGUCCAGCUCCAACAUGUAUGAGACUAAGGAAAUGAGAAUAACAUGUUUUGAGCAUUUCAUUUAAAUCUCCUCUAGACUAUUCUCUCUCUUUAGCUAUC